CGAACAACAACAACAUCGCGAGAACAAAUGGCAAAACGGAAGCGAAAAACCCUAAAUACUGAAUCGACAGAUGAUUAUCUGAAGAAGGCAGCUGAUGAUAGCUUGAAGAAAAAAAGGCAGAACACUAAAGUUUUAAAGCAGAAGGGUGGUCAAUUAAAUCGUUCUGAGUACUUCAAUGAAAAAAUGACACAGGAUCGGAAAAAUGUACAAAAAUCUGAAACAAGUAUUUCAAAGAAGUUAAGAAAAUUUUCAUCUGAAAUGAAAAAAGCUGAUAAUGAGUCUGCAGAUGAAAAAAUAUGGGAUGAUUCAGAAUUACAAGCAGGCAAAGACACAGAAAAGAAAGACAUAGAAGUAAAGAGAAGGGGUAAGCACAAACGCAGCAAUAUGGGUAAUGAAGCUGAAGCUGAAAUUAAACCCAAAAAAUCAAGAAAGGCCAAAGAACCCAAAUGUAUCACUAAUCCUCAAAAUGUACCCAAAUCUCGUGGUAAAAGAAAAUUAGAUAGUGCAAAAUCAUCAAAUGAAAAGAAUGACCCAUCUGAAACUACAGUUGAUUUUUCAAAGGAACAAGAAGUAUCUUUAAUUAACAAAGCAUCAGAAUCAUGCAAGAAUAAAGCAAACAAUAUCUUUAAUAAAAACAGAUAUAGUGAAGUGGAUCCUGAAGGAAAUUGUAUUGAUCACAGUGCUGAAGAAGAUAUCGUAAGCGAUGAUGACUUUGAUGAAGUUGAUGACAAUAUGCAUAACCCACGCAAUUUAGACCAGAAAAUAAGUCCCAAAUUUAAUCGUGCCUUACCCAAGACUGUUGACCACAUGGACGCCAUGGCAGUCUUGCUGCAUAUGGAAGGCAUGGGGGAUAGCAAGCCAUCCACGUCCAGAAACUCCAGCGGGGCCAGUGAUGAUGAUGAACUUGACGAGGACGAGAGUGAGGCUGAGUGGGAAGAUGUUCAGGAUAUGCAUUCUGGCAGCCCAAAGAAGUCCCAAGCUCAAUCUGGCUCAGUGGAAAUAACCUUGGAGGCACCUGUCCUGUACAAGAAAAAGAAGAAGAAGGGCUUCGAUCUAGAAAGCUACUUCAAAAGGCAGAUAAAUAAAUUCAAGCGGGAAGUGGCCAUGGAUACUCAUAAGGUCCAUUUGCUGUGUCUGUUGGCCCGAUGCCAGCAUCUGAACUCACUCAUGCUAGAAGACAUUGUGAGGGCCCAGGCAUUCUCAGUUGUCAUAGCUACCAAAGAACUCCAGUUCCCCGGGGCAGCCAAGUGCUCUGAGACGCAAGUCACACGGGCCCUGGUUUACAUCUCCAAGAACAAAACACACUUAAUGGAAAUAUUUGAACGAACUAUAGAGAGUGUUUCAUCCCAGAUAAGGCUUGUUAUGGUAUGUGUGGCCUUACUGAGGGAGGUUGGUCUACUCACCAGGCUUGUCAUGUCUCUGCAGCCCCUCACCUUUAAGGAUCCCAGCACAAAGGCCAAACCAGCAAAGAAAGUGUCCACUGCUACCACAGAGUCAAAGAAAAAAGUUGCAGAGACUAGCACUAGUAAGAAGAAAACUGCUGAUGGUGAAAAAACUCCGCCUGCCCAGAAAAAGAAAAGGAGGAAGAAGACAGAGACAUCCUCAUCAGAGAUGUCUGCAGACAGUGACUUUGAAGAAGACAGCAUUCUAAAAAAUAGUAAAAAGUUGAAGCGGAAAGCACCUGUUUCUAAAAACAGACGUGUAUUGUCUACAGACAAUGAGUUGGAGGACAAUGAGCGCUCUGACCAUUGGAUAGAAGUUUUCCUGGACAAAGAAAAGAAGUGGAUAUGCAUUGAUGGUGAGGACCUGACGGUGAGGAAGCCGUAUGAGUUGGAGAACAAAGCUACAAAGCCACUCUGCUAUGUGAUAGGUAUCACACAAGCUUGCCACAUCAAGGACAUCACUGCACGUUACGCUGGUCAGUGGCUGACAGAGACCAGGAAGCUCCGUACAGACCCUGGCUGGUGGGAGGAGACCCUGCGACCGUACGCGUGUGCGGACAGACGGACGGACGAGGCAGAGGACCGUGACAUGGCGGCCAGUCUGCAGCAGCAGCCACUGCCUACCAGCGUUGGGGCUUUGAAGAACCACCCAUUAUAUAUUCUGCAACGACACCUGUUGAAGUUUGAGGCCAUCUACCCGGACACUGCAAUACCAGUGGGCUACAUAAGGGGGGAACCGAUCUAUGCAAGGGAGUGUGUACAUGUGCUGCAUUCCAGAGAAAAUUGGCUGAAAGAGGGUCGGUCUGCAAGGCUUGGAGAGGAACCGUACAAGUUUGUCAAGUCAAGGCCAAAAUGGAACAAGCCGAAGGAAGACCCAGAGGCAAAGGAUCUGGAGCUGUUUGGAAAGUGGCAGACUGAAGUCUACAUCCCUCCACCUGCUGUUGAUGGCAAGGUGCCUAGAAACGCUCACGGCAACGUGGAGAUGUUCCUGCCAACCAUGUUACCUGCUGGAACUGUCCAUCUGAAGAUUCCAGGUCUGAACAAAGUAGCCAAGAAGCUGGACAUUGACUGCGCCCCUGCCAUGGUGGGCUGGGACCAUCACUGUGGCUUCUCCCAUCCCCUGAUGGAUGGGUGGAUAGUAUGUAAAGAGUUCAAGGACAUUCUGCUGGCAGCCUGGGACGAGGAGCAGGAGAUACUGAGGGAGAAAGAAGCAGAGAAACGUGAGAAGCGUGUCUAUGACAACUGGAGGAAGCUGAUCCGUGGACUGCUGAUUAGGGAGAGGCUGAAGAAGAGAUUUGAUCUGCAGGAGGCACCCAAAUCAGAAGACACUAAGCAGCCAGAAAGCAGUGGCACUGCGAGCUCAGAUGACACAAGUCGCAAGACAGAGCAAAGUGGGACCACGGAAGAUGGCACAAAUGACGGGGAUAAAGUCUUGGUGGCUACUAAAGAUACAAAGAUGUCCUGGCCACAAAACAGACUACACACAGAGAAUCAUACGCUCUGUAUGGUGGAAAAACUUUGAAAGAUAUUGGCUGUCUCAGAUUGUAGUUUGCCAUCUGAAAUGUUAAGAUGGACUCAGUUGAAUAGGGCAUUUGAGGUGUGCUAGAAAUAAAUUACUAAAAGCAGUUUAUUGUCAUGUUCAUUGUAAAACUCUACUUUUCCAUUUAUUUUUCAUCCAAAAUAAGAAAACCACUAUGUUAUGUUAAAUGUAUAAGUAAAACUUAAAAAAAAUCUACUCUCUGAAAAAAUAAUUAAUUGUUGGACUGUUAUAUUUUUUUUAGCUCACCUGAUUGCUCAGGUGAGCUUUUCUGACCGAUCUUGGUCUUUCGUAUGUCCGUCCGUCCGUAAACAUUUGCUCUUAAACACUCUAGAGGCCACAUUUCUUGUCCCAUCUUCAUGAAACUUGGUCAAAAGCUUUGCCCCAAUAAAAUCUCGGCGGAGUUUGAAACUGGGUUGUGCCGGGUCAAAAACUAUGUCACUAGGUAAAAAAAAAGAAAAACCUUGUAAACACUGUAGAAGUCACAUUUUAUGUUCAAUCUUCAUGUAACUUUGUCAAAAUGUUUGUCUUAAUGAUAUCUUGAUUGAGUUCAAAAGUGGUUCUUGUGUGUUGAAAAACAUGGCCGCCAGUAGGCGGGGCAGUUUUCCUUAUUUGGCUAUAGAGAAACCGUGUAAACACUCUAGAAGUCACAAUUUUUGCCCAAUCGUCAUGAAAGUUGGUCAAAACAUUGGUUUUAUUGAUUUCUUGGACGAGUUCGAAAAUGGUCCAGAUCGGUAAAAAAACAUGGCCGCCAGGGGGCGGGGCAGUUUUCUCAAUAUGUAUAUAGUGAAAACAUGGGAACACUCUAGAAGUCACAUUUUUGGUCCAAUAUUCAUGAAAUUUGGUCAGAACAUGUGUUUUUUUUUAUAUGACAGUUGAGUUCGAAAAUGGUUCUGAUCGGUAAAAAAGCAUGGCCGCUGGGGGGGGGGGGGGGUCAUUUUCCUUAUAUUUAUAUAGUAAUAACAGCUUUUGAACACUAUAUAGUUUAUCAUGUCAAGGAAAGUAACUGCAAAUGAAAAAUUAUGUUGAAUUGACAGAGUUGUCUCCCUUAAUAAAAUAUUUGUUUUAAGCACAAGAAGAUUAAGUGGAAUUAAUGAUAGUUUUAAACUCUGGGAGAUAGCAAACUUUUGAAUAUGUUUUUUAUUGUUUGAUGAUUCUGUACAAUAUGGCAUUCUUUUGUCAAACAAUUAAAGCCAGACUAUACGAUUUUUAUAUGUGUUAAAUUGUAAUAUAUUGAUAAAUACAUGUUACAAUAACACAAAAUAGGCAAGAUAUUGAAGACGAAUUUCAUAAAAUGCAGCAAAGACAAAUUAGCGCCCUGAGCUGAUGGUGACGAAGAUAUUUCGUACAUAUUUUCCUACAAUACUGAAGAAUUCGUCUUUUUAUUAGGAUCAGAGUUAGUGUUCGUGUGUCGAAUGAACAGACAUCGCUGCAGGAAUUUAAAAACAACCAUUAAACUAAAUUAAGAUUCACAUCGUACAUGCAUGAUAUACAUUCUGGCGAAUUCUACUGUACGGACAUUUUCGAUUUCAGAAUUAAAUAUCUCGCUUAUUUCGUAUUUUUCGACACAUGUUCGUCUUAAGUUAUAUUUUAAAUUAUAUUAAAAUGUAUGACCUUGUUAACACUCUAGAGGUCACAUUUAUUUUCCGAUCAUCAUGAAACUUGGUCUGAAGCUUUGUCCCAAUGAUAUCUUGGAUGAGUUCGAAAAUGGUUUUUGUUGCUUUAAAAACAUGGCCACCAGGGGCGGGGAAUUUUUCCUUAUAUGGCUAUAUAUGGCUUUAGUAAAACCUUGUUAACACUCUAGAGGCCACAUUUAUUGUCCAAUCUUCAUGAAAUUUGGUCAGAAGAUUGGUCUCAAUGAUAUCUUGGAUGAGUUUGAAAAUAAUUAUGUUUGCUUGAAAAACAUGGCUUCCAAUGGGGCGGGGCAUUUUUCCUUAUACGGCUAUAGUAAAAUCUUGUUAACACUCUAGUUUUAUUUAAUUCAGUUGCCCAAUCUUCAUGAAAUUUGGUCAUAACAUUUGUGUCCUGUGUAGUUAAGUUUGGUUUUAUUAUGUCAGUAUUAUGUACCAUUAACUGUUUUAUUGAAUUUUUCAUAACACAGAAUUUUCAUAAUUAACAUAAUUAAUCAUAAUUAAUGUUUUAGUCAUUACUGCUUAUGGUAAGCCUAUCAACUAAGAGAAAGCUGAAAUGAAGACAACAUGUACACAAUUUUGCAGUAUCUAUCUCCAUUGUUUAACCUGCUGAGUCAUAUUUCCCAAUCUAUUUUUAGUUCUGCUCUAGAAUUUGUUAGACCCCCAGAUAUUGAUCAUUGCAGUGUGUAACUAUUUACCACUCAUCUUACUGACCCUCUCACUUUGCUGUAUGCCAGAUGUUAAUAUCAGUGGUCGGUAGUAAAAGCUGGUUGAACUGUUUGAUAUAUUUUUAGCUCACCUGAUUGCUCAGGUGAGCUUUUGUGACUGGUCUUUGUCCGUCGUUUGUCCGUCCGUCCGUUAACAUUUGCUCGUAAACACUCUAGAGGCCACAUUUCUUGUCCCAUCUUCAUGAAACUUGUUCAGAAGCUUUGUCCCAAUGAAAUCUCGGCCGAGUUGGAAACUGGGUUGUGCCGGGUCAAAAACUUGGUCACUAGGUCGAAAAAAAAGAAAAACCAUGUAAACACUGUAGAAGUCACAUUUCAUGCCCAAUCUUCAUGUAACUUUGUCAAAAUGUUUGUCUUAAUGAUAUCUUGGUUGAGUUCAAAAUUGGUUCCGAUCCAUUGAAAAACAUGGCCGCCAGUGGGCGGGGCAGUUUUCCUUAUUUGGCUUGAGAGAAACCUUGUUAACACUCUAGAAGUCACAAUUUUUGCCCAAUCAUCAUGAAAGUUUGUCAAAAUCUUGGUUCAAUUGAUGUCUCGGACGAGUUCGAAAAUGGUCGAGAUCUGUGAAAAAACAUGGCCGCCAGUGGGCAGCGCAUGUUUCUCUGUAUGUAUAUAGUGGCAGUUUUCCCUAUUUGGCUAUAGAGAAACCUUGUAAACACUCUAGAAGUCACAAUUUUUGCCCAAUCAUCAUGAAAGUUGGUCAAAACAUUGGUUUUAUUGAUAUCUCGGACGAGCUUGAAAAUGGUCGGGAUUGGUUAAAAAACAUGGCUGCCAGUGGGCGGGGCAUUUUUCUCUAUGUAUAUAGUGAAAACAUGUGAACACAGUAGAAGUCACAUUUUUGGCCCAAUUUUCAUGAAAUUUGCUCAGAACAUUUGUUUCCUUGAUACGAGAGUUGAGUUCAAAAAUGGUUCCGGUCAGUUGAAUAACAUGGCUGCUGGGAGGGGGGCAGUUUUCUCAUUAUGCCCCCCCCCCCUUUCGAAGAAGAGGGGGUACAUUGUUUUGCUCAUGUCGGUCCGUCCGUCCACCAGAUGGUUUCCGGAUGAUAACUCAAAAGCGCUUAUGCCAAGGAUCAUGAAACUUCAUAGGUACAUUGAUCAUGACUCGCAGAUGACUCCUAUUGAUUUUAAGGUCAAAGGUCAAGUUCACGAUGACCCGAAAUAGUAAAAUGGUUUCCGGAUGAUAACUCAAGAACACUUAUGCCUAGGAUCAUGAAGCUUCAUAGAUACAUUGAUCAUGACUCGUAGAUGAGACCUAUUGAUUUUCAGGUCACUAGGUCAAAGGUCACGGUGACCCAAAGCAGUAAAAUGCUUUCCGGAUGAUAACUCAAGAACGCUUAUGCCUAGGAUCAUGAAACUUCAUAGCUACAUUGAUCAUAACUCGCAGAUAAUCCCUAUUGAUUUUAAGGUCACUAGGUCAAAGGUCAAGGUCACCAUGACCUGAAAAAGUAAAAUGGUUUCCGGAUGAUAACUCAAGAACGCUUAGGCCUAGGAUCAUGAAACUUCAUAGGUACAUUGAUCAUAACUCGUAGAUGACCCCUAUUGAUUUUCAGGUCACUAGGUCAAAGGUCAAGGUCACAAUGACCCAAAAUAGUUAAAUGGUUUCCGGAUGAUUAUUCAAGAACGCUUAGGCCUAGGAUCAUGAAACUUCAUAGGUACAUUAAUCAUGACUCGUAGAUGACCCCUAUUGAUUUUCAGGUCACUAGGUCAAAGGUCAAGGUCACGGUGACCCGAAAUAGUAAAAUGGUUUCCAGAUGAUAACUCAAAAACGCUUAUGCCUAGGAUCAUGAAACUUCAUAGGUACAAUGAUCAUGACUCGCAGAUGACCCCUAUUGAUUUUCAGGUCACUAGGUUAAAGGUCAAGGUGACCUGAAAUAGUAAAAUGGUUUCUGGAUGAUAACUCAAGAACACUUAUUCCUAGGUUCAUGAAACUUCAUAGGUAUAUUGAUCAUGACUCGCAGAUGACCCCUAUUGAUUAUCAAGUCACUAGGUCAAAGGUCAAGGUCACAGUGCCAAAUAACGUAUUCACACAAUGGCUGUCAAGGUUACGGUGACUCAACUUAGAAAAAUGGUUUCUGGAUGAUAACUCAAGAAUGCUUACGCCUAGGAUCAUGAAACUUCAUAGGUAUAUUGAUCAUGACUCGCAGAUAAAAUAAUGAUGAAACUUGACCAGGAUGUUUGUCUGGACAAAAUCUAGGUCAAGUUUUGACAUUUGGUAAAGAUUGAAUGAACCGACUCCUCUCAGGUGAGCGAACUAGGGCCAUCUUGGCCCUCUUGUUUCAUUUUGUAUGAAAUUUCCACAACCCGCUGCAAGUUUUUCAGUUGUUAUAUUCCAUAACCAAAUAUGUCCUCAGACAUAUGUAAUGUACAAAGAAUUGUCUGCUUUUUUUUAUGUUAUUAAUUCUUUACAACCUAAUUAUGUUCAUUCUAUUGAUGUUGUUUGAAUCAUAUUUUAAAGCGUUUUAAAAAUGUA